UCUCUCUCUGUAGCCAAAUUAAUUAACCAUGAAGCCCAUUACAGCAAUCAUCAUGAUAGCCAUGGCCGCGGCCUCAAUCGUCACUCUGGGCACAACAUAUUUCGGGCACGAAGAACGCGACCAGAAACCAUCUCUGAAUCACAGUAUUGAUCACUCUCUGGAGAAGACGCCGGCUUUGCCGGCGAAGAGGGUGAGCCGAUUCCUGGUCGAGAAUAAGAACCCCAGAGCCGCCGACCACUGCCACAAGGACCACGAGGUCUGCCAUCUCCAAGACUACGGCUACAACUCCACCUGCUGCAACAACAAAUGCGUCGACCUGGCCACCGACCACCACAAUUGCGGCGCCUGCAAGAACAAGUGUCCCUUCCCCGAGGAUUGCUGCCGGGGGCAGUGCGUGUACUUGCCCUACGACAAGCGCCACUGCGGCAGGUGUAAUAACAGGUGCGAGAAGGGUUUGCUCUGCAUUUAUGGAAUGUGCGACUACCCCUAGUGCAAUCCAUCGCUAGGGUUUGUCGAAAGGAAAAGGGAGAAGAACGAUAAAUACGUACUCUUACAUGCAUGUGAAAGUUGCAUGCAUGCACGUAGAAGUUAUUUCAUUUUCAUCUCCUUUCUCUCUCUCUUAAAAAAAAUUCUAAUUUCGAAAAGGUGAUGAGGUUUAUAGAUUGAAUUAUAUAUUCAUAUACCAAAUAAAAUGCCACAUUGGUGGUUCACAGUUCUAUGUUUAAUUAUAUACAUACAUAUAUAUACACACACAAUUUACUGUUUGAUUGCUAUAUAUGAAAGAGACAUCAAUUCAAAUAAAUAUGUAUUAAUAAUAAUUAAAAUAUUGUCCAUUAGAGAGAGUUUAUUUUGCAACUUA